GCUGAGCCUGAGCCGAAACGUCGUCGGAGUGACUACGUAAUGGAUGAUAAGUCAUCUACGUAUGUCACCGAAUCUACAAAAGCUCGGAUCCGAGCUCACCACGAGAAAAUCUGGAGACGAAUCCGUUGGGAAUGCCCUACUCGAAACUUGGACGACCACUAUACCUCAUAUCACCACGUAUCAGCUGAUAAUCGGGCGUCAAGCUGUAAAAUAAAAUUUAAUAACCGACAGUUCGGUCCUUACACCGUGGACUCAUUGUUGAUUGAUAAUGUAAAUUCAGCCAAAAUUUUCAAAUUGUUUUUCCACUUGCCCGGAACUGAAUCUAACCCGUUAAAUAAUAUAAUCUCUUGCUUGGAAGUUGAGGUUCGAUAACCUGAAAAUUAUGUAUU